AUGGGACCACCAAGGAAUAACCAGCGAAAACCAACCAAAGAGCAGAAUGCUCGCGACGCAAAAAAGGACAAGAAGAAAUCCAGCCAGCCAUCAUCUCGCCGGCCCACACCACAGAGCACCACACCCCAACAACCCAACGACACCCACCUGGACCUCUCGACAACCAUCCCCCUGACCCUGCAACAACUCCUCCUGAACGUCUUCAAGACCGGCCUAUUAUCCACAGACGGACACGGCUGGCUCUCCAACCCCGAUAGUCCACCAGGCGAAGCCCCACUGGACCUCAAAUCCCUCAUCCAGACCAUCAAAUCCCACCUGUACAACCGCGACUUCGACUCGGCCUUCACCGACGCCAGCGAGGACCUGCUCCGCGCAUACGCGCUGCGCUGGAGCGCCUCCCGCGCCCUCGGCUACGCCGGCGUCUUCAAGGCGCUGCUGGCCGAAUGCAUCCCGCCCUCUGCACCCCCGUCUUCUACGCAUGUGGUCUGCAUCGGCGGCGGCGCAGGCGCCGAGAUCGUCGCGUUGGCCGCCGUGUGGCGCGAUCUGCUCGAUGAGACGCAGACGCGGCUGUCCGCCCGUCUGGUGGGGAUGUCGCUGCAGGACGCGGAGACGGAGGCUUCAACUACCCCCGCGCCUACAGACGCUGUCGGCGGGCUGGGCAGCCUCGCUGUGACGGCGGUCGAUAUCGCGGACUGGUCGCGGGUCGUGGACCGCCUUGCGUUUGCGAUCCAGUCCGCCGAUGUACCAGGGGGCAAGUCGCACCCUGCGCCGCUGCUUGGCGGCGUCCAGCUCGAGGGGCGGGGGGAGGCUGACGCCAGACAUGGUUUUGCGGUGCGGUUCCGCCGCGCGGACGUGCUGUCGAUACCUGACGCGGAGCUAAAGGGCUUAUUGCACAUUGAGGCGGCGGCCACGGCGAUGGUCACCCUUAUGUUUACGCUGAACGAGCUCUUCUCGACGUCCAUGGCGAAGGCGACGGGGUUCCUGCUGCGUGUGACGGAUCUCCUGCGGGCGGGGACGUUGCUGGUCGUCGUGGACAGCCCGGGCAGUUAUUCGACGGUGAAGUUGGGGAAGGGCAAGCCGCAGGCCGGUGGGGGCGAAGGGGAGGGGGAGACGGCGGCGCAGGAGCGGAAGUAUCCGAUGAAGUUCUUGCUGGAUCAUGCGCUGCUGUCGGUGGCGAGUGGGAGGUGGGAGAAAGUGCUCUCGCAGGACUCGCGGUGGUGGCGGCGCGAGGCGGCACGGUUGCGGUAUGAUGUUGGGGAGGGGGCGGGGUUGGAGGAUAUGCGGUUCCAGGUGCAUAUUUAUCGGCGGGUGGAUGGGUAG